AUGGCUUUAGCCAGUGGUCACUGGCUGGAGAAAGAGAUGAGAGGAGAGGCCCCAAGUCCCAGGUAGGUCAUAUUGUUUUUCAUUAAGUGUCAUAAAGUCAAAAAAUAGACUAAUGAUUUAACAUCUUCACGAUAGCUUUAAACUCAAACUAUGAAAACCUUAAGAAGGCUUGAAGUGGGAGAACGUUAAGAUGGGAUGACAAAGGUAUAGUUUAGGAUAGGUGCAUCUUGUUACCUCCUCUUAUAGCCCUCAUCUUCUCUCACAGACACGGCCACGCUGUAGCUGUGGCAGGAAAUGUCGUGUUUCUGUUUGGAGGAGCCUUUUGCAUCAACCAUGAGGUCACAUUUUUAUCCUUUUUUAAUUUACAUUCAAAAGAAUAUUACAACUUAACUUUCUCCAGAAGAUUGAAGGAUCUUGGGUAGUGGUAACAGCCUGCUUGUUUUCUCCUCAUCUAUUCAGGAGGGCCACCCUGUUUACUUCAAUGACUUCUACAUGCUCACAGGUACAAACAAAAAUGGAGACAUGUCUUACUCAUGAGCAGAUAAGAUGUACAGUGUCAUUUAAUACCCUGUUGCAUUAAGAGUCGGAUAAAAGUUGCACUAUAGAGUUCAAAAUGCAGUCUGUAUUUGAGGGCUUUAGAAAAGGAAAUGUUUAACUGUGUGACGACUUCUUCAUUCAGCAAUGUGCAGUCUUUGUGAAGAUGUGUAACUUUCUCCGAUACCACCUGUUUUUAAUCACUCUGCAAGCAUUUUGAACAUUACAUUUUGAACAGGUACAUAGGUUGCACUGGUGUGUAGGACACAGCUUGCUUUUUACAUGAUAAAAAAUGGUAUUAAAAGUGCAUCUUAUACACAAAAUUUGAAGUUGUGCAAAAUGGGAGUUAAAAAAAGACAAUCUGUAAGAUACAGUGUAUUGUUUUUCAUAAUAUUUUGAUCAGAAAUGGUAAUAAAAAGUCUAAUCUAUAAACCAAGUAGUAACCUGGUAGUGAAAAAUUAAGCUAAUGUUCUAGCUCAAAUAACUGCAGUUCCUCAAGUGUCCACAUGAAGCUGUCUGUUAAUACCAACAUCCCAGCAUGUUUGUUGUUGUUGUAUAUAGUUUCUCCCGAUGAUUUGAUGUGGGAGGAGAUUCCUCAGAGUGGAGAUGUCCCCUCAGCCAGAGCAGGACAUACUCUGUGGUAAAAAAAACAAAUCAUACAAGAAAUAUGAAAAUGUGUUCAAAUAUCUGACUUUGACCAGAUGCACAGGAUUCCUAUGCUCGUUGUAUGAAGAUUCAAAAUGAUAAUGUACUGUACCAAGGAGUUACUGGGCUUGUUUUCACUGCACCAUUUUAAUCAGCAUUUAUUUUUCCUCUUUUCUUUGAGUGUUGUCAAAGGAAAGCUGUAUCUGUUUGGAGGAGUGUCCAAACCCGGUGCCACUGAGUGUCUCCCAGGGGUCCACAGCUUUGAUGUAGGUGAGGAUGUCACUGCACACUUUGAAAUCUGUCGAUGCCUUUUUCUUGAUGCUGCUUUAGUGCCAUGGGAUUUUUUGUUUCAAAUUCACAGUGUCUCUGACCUGGGAGCGCUUAGCUGUUGGGGGUGUCGCCCUCAGGACUCUCAGGCACAGUUCUGUUGCCGUGGGAGACAACAUCUUUGUCUAUGGAGGAAUUGUGGGAGGAAAUCCAACUGAUGACCUCUUGGUUUUCAACACAGGUCCUUAUAUUUGUUCUCAAUCAAAACUGAAUCUGUGCAAACAAAAAAGGCCAUGAACAUAAUUUAGUUCCUGUUUUCUCUUUUUUCUGUUUCAGUGUCUCUCACCUGGACACCUGUCAAAACUAACAGACCACCGCCUCCUGCUCUGUGAGACACUCAUUUUAUUGCAGAACUUUUGAUUUGUAUCACAUGCCACUUUGGCCAUCCAUUUAAUUAUAACUUUGUGAUUUAACCCUUCAUUAUGUGAAUCUCCUUGAAACUUUAAGCAUUUGUGAAUUUCCUGUUUGCACAGCUGUGGUCAGAAUUUUGCUCUGGUUGGAGAUCAGGUGUUCAUGUUUGGAGGUUGUGAUGCAGGUGGAGACUUCUGUAAAGACCUUCACGUUCUCAACACAGGUAAACACUGACCUUCAAACUGACGGCAAUUUAUAUAAGAUGAAACACAGUCAAUAUAGAAACAGAGCAGACAUACAGAGUGAGGAAGAGACAGAACAAGGCUGGGCUAGUUUAUGCAAUCAAAAAACAAAGUGGGAAUAAUGCUGUGAUAUGGAAAAUAACAUACCUCCAUUAUCAUACAUUCUUUCAAAUAUUCACUGCAAAUAAACAAAUAUAUAUUGUACAUUGUGCACAUUAAAGGGAUAUUUCAGUGUUUAUCUGAAACUCCCUUUGCUCCAUUUCUAAUUGAUUUAUGUAUCAAUACAUAUAGUAGGUUUAAUUUUUCAAUUAAGAUUGCAGAAACUCCUCCCAAGAAAACCACACUCCAAACUCUCCAACAAUCACAGUGUAAAAGAUCCUUAUUAAAACAUACAAUCAUAUUUUGCAAUGUUUCUGUAAGCUGAUCUGACCACUUGAGCACAUCUAACUACACAAGUCAGUUCUGCCUUUUAACUUAGAAACUGCUGGAAGGACUGGCAUGCAAACUAAGCUGUAGUCCUCUUCAGAUGGGGUCAAGUCUGCCAUGUAGAUUAUUAUCAACCCAGACACUCAUCUACCUCUAACACUCAUUAUGCUUUCCUGCAUACAGUUCAAUCAGCUAGCUGUCUCCAUAAUGUUUGGGUCACUGACAUUUUUAGAGUUUUGGUACUUUUGCUUCAUAAUUUUGUGGCCAUGAACUCAUAUUCACAAAUAAUAUAAACAUGGCGUGAUCCUAUUGAUAGAAAACCUGACGUGGCAGAAAUGGGAGGUGAAAGGAGAAUCACCUGCAGCCUGUAAUGAAUCAACACUGACCGCACAUCAUGAUAAAGUAAAAUCACACAAAGACAUUAAACACAAUGGCCAUCAGUCUUUAGUUUAUGUAAAAUCUUCACCAUUGCACAUGUUCUGCCUUCCUGCAGGACAUCUACCUGUUUGGAGGUAAAAGCACAAAUGAGGAUGGCACAGAGGCGUCUUCUAAUGAAAUCCACAAACUCAGCAUCAGUAAGUGAGACUCAGCAAAUCAAUGUAAGAAUUAAACGCACUCUGGACAAAGAAAAAGGAGUUACUUUUUUUCCCACAUUGUGUCUCUUUAGCUAAGAUGAAGUGGAAAGUUCCUCUGUACAUUGGGAUUCCUCCAACCCGUCGACAUGGACACACAGCCUUCAUCCUCCACAGCCAUGUAAUAUGAAUAAUAUUAAUGAGAGCAAAAAUUAGGGUAGAAGGUGCUAAAGUGGGCAGCAAAAGAAGAAGAAAAAACUCAUUUUAAAAGAGUUUGUCUUUUGUCAUAACUUUACUAAAACAAAACUUUUUAAAUGAAUAUAUUCACGUAGAAACUAAAAAAGCAAGAGGGAUAUUAUUUGCUGAGAGCCAACAGCAGAUUAUUGUCUAGACUAUUGUCUCUAAGUGCUCUGUAUGUGUUGAAUAAUGGAAUAAUAUGACUAUGCCCUCACCAAUAAAGCCUUUUUUGGUUUGUUUUUUGUAUCUUAUAUAUAUAUAUAUAUUUUUGCAUCUGAAAUAACUAACAUUUUCAUAUUUCUUUACAAUAUAUUCAACUUUGUUUUAUCUUGUUGUUUUCCUUUUCUAUUUAUUCUUUUGAAAUUUUUUUUUAUCGAAUUAUAUUAUAAAAUAUUUAUAAAAGUAUUGACCCCACCAGCUUUGUUGUCAGUGUGCAACUAAAAAGUUUUAAGUAUCAGUUUUAUCACAUGUCAAUGUCCGAUAAGACUUUUGGCUUGUUUGUUUGACAGCUGUAUCUGUUUGGAGGGAGGAAUGAAGAGCAGGAGUUUAAUGACCUGAAGAUAAUGAAACUCAUUAACCCCUCAGAGAGACAACCAGGUAGGUACAUGUUUCAUAUUAAAUAUAGAAUAACAAAAACAAUGGAUUUGACAGGCAGCUGUAUUCACCUCGAAUAGUGGACUGAUUAUUUCUUUCCCAAUAAUAGUUUGGUCUUAAACAAGACUUGACUACUGCAGCAUGAUGUCUAUUUAUAAAAAUGAUAGUCCCAAAAUAUAUUUAAAUGAAUCUUGAAGCAGGGGAGAAUUAUUGCAGGGUUGUAAAGACGAAAUUGCCAAAUGAUCCAAAUUUAGGUCUCUCUUGAAAUAGAAAAACAAUAUACAAAGUUAAGCCAAUCUGAGCUUAUUUUUACUCGCCAAAUGAAAGAUUCCAAUUACCAAACAGUUAACAUCGAUGACAGAAUUCAUUUGUCUCCCAAGAUUCAUAGCAAACCAAGAUCUCCUACUCCAUUUUCACUUGCUCCUCCCUUUCAGCUAAAAAUGUUCACUUUGACUCCGGAAAACCCAGAUAGUGAUGGCUAAAAUGCCAAACUUAACUCUUUCAAGCAAUAUCUCCUGCUGUUAUGGUUUUUGUGUUACUUGGAAGGUCAUACAAUUGUAAUGAUAAAACUGUCCAACAUUGCUGUCAAGCAUCAUGGUGAUAGAGGAAAAACCGUGGGAUGGUUGAGUCUUUUUUGUUUCUGCACAGUGAUGAAGGAGAUCCUGUCAGAGUUUGGUCUGCAGGGAGUCAGCCACAGGUCAGCAGCUCUCCACACACCUUUCUGCAUGAGUGUUCAGAGUGCAGCUGCAGUUUCACUCUCAUGUCACGCUCUGUUUGAGUCCAGCUCUUGGUUUGAACACUUUGGUUUCACCGUCUAACCGUCCACAGCUUCACUCCAACAAAGGUUCCCAAUGUUCGCUAUGAGCUGAGCGAGUCUGCUCCACCAAACCAGUCCAGGAACACAGCAGCAAAUACACAGGUGAUCAUAAAAUGCACACAAAGCAUCCUAUUGGGCGGGUCGUGGUAAACAUUUAUGAUGUGCCAAUUUCUACAGGAAAAGUUGGAAUUUUAAAAAUAGUUUCACUAAUUUUAAGUUCUGAAGCAAAGAUGAAGAAGAGAUCAGGAGGUUGAGAUUUGAAAGAAAAGAAUUUUAGAAAUAUUCAACCUUUGGAUAUAAUAUGCUGAGCAAGAUGAGGAGUAGAAGUGGUAGAUGUUGUAACAGAAAGUGCGUGUCCUCUCUCCAUCUUCUUAUUACUUUUACCAAAGCAUUAACUUUUGCACCUACUGCUAUAAAUUAGAGGAAUUACAUGUAUCAAGUAAGUAUCGGCAGCAGUCAUUAAGUACUGUGGUGGGUUGGGGUGACGCUUUAUAAAUCGGCACUACAAGUAGAGGAUAAUGAAAUGAUGGUGUCGAUUUUGCAGACAUAUCUGCUUUUGAUGGGAGCAUUUUGUGGCUUUCCAAAUUGCUAAACGGACUAAAGAUGAUGCAAAGUGUAGAAAAGAAGGUAUUGAGAGUUGUUAAAGUUUAAAAGUGAAGAAAUAAAACCUCACUAUGUUUAGUCAGGAACAAAAAUUAAGUUUAGCCUCCUUGUCAAAGAAUGCUACCACAACACCAAAUUCAAUAGAGACACAACUCCACAAAGUAGAGCUGUACAAGUAAAAAUACUAUUCAGCUAUUUAGUAAAGUCAUUCCAGGUAGCAUAAGUUGUUUGAGUAUGCUUGCAUUAUUAUCUCAGGUGGUGUUUUAUUUCCUCUGCAGGUAUUCGUCCACAGAGACUUUAGUGCUCUUCAAGAUCAGGCGAUGAAAAUGAUCCAGACCGCGUUUACUCUGCUUGACCAGGAGUUUCAGAAACUGGACAGGUACAUCAACAGCUCUGCAUGUAUAAUUUGUUGAAUGAUGUAUAUUUAGAACUGACAAUAAAUGUUUCAUGUUGAUGCAGCCGUCAUCUGUGAUCUUCAAAUUGGACACUUGUUAAAGAUAAUCUCUUUUACCAAGGAGUUAAUAAAUGUAUUCGAUGAGCUGACAUUUGUUCAUGGCUGAAUUUCUUUCUUUCCUUUUUUUCAUUGCAGAGAAAAAUCGGAGUUGUCAAAGUCUGCAGCUGCUCUAAAGAGAGAGAAAGAAGCUCAUGAAGCUCACAGACAACAACAGCAAGAGGUCUAUAAGUUCUCUACUCUAACCUCAGCUAAUUUACAGUAGAUGUCCAGAAAUGCAGUUUCAUCAAAUGUAACUAAACAAAUGGUCUCUCUAUUUAAAAUGUGGUGAAAUAAUGUCUUUUUCAUGAGUUAGACAAAGACAUCUUUUACUCACACACCUUUCCCUCAGGUUUUUAUGGAAAACCGGUAUGGUUGUUUUUUCAUCCUCCUGCUGGCAGAUACAGAAACAGAGAACACUAAAAAUAAUACCUCCUUGGUUAAUAAUGAAUAAUGUUUGUGUUGCUUGUUUUGUUCAGGAACUGCAGGAGAUGCUGGACAGACAUCGCUCCCAAAAUGAGGCGUGGCUCCGAGCGAGAGCUGAAGAGAACGACAGAGAGAGGAGGGAGCUCUGCAGACUCCGAGUCAGUAAAAAUAGACAUACACAAACACUUUUUUUUUACAAACUUUCUCCCUUUUCUGUCAACCUCACUUUCAGUCUGGGACUUUUCUGGUGAACACAAACUAAACUGAACAUUCUAAGUUUUUAAAACUGUGAACUUCAAAUCAAGUCUUGCCCUCAUCUCUAACUCAGGAGGAGGUGCAGCAGGAACAGGAGAGGCUGAAGGAGGAGCAGAGCAGCAUCCAGAAACGCAGCGAGCAUCUUCUGUCUAUCAUGCAGCAGUUUAAAGGAAUGUGAGAUAGAUAGAUAGAUAGAUAGAUAGAUAGAUAGAUAGAUAGAUAGAUAGAUAGUCUCAUCAUGUGUUUGAACCAUUUUGACGCCACCUUAAAAUCUAUAUCUUUACAGUUAAAUGAGGAUAGACGAAUGAAAGAUUCUGAGUUAGGAUCUGACUAUUGCAGCUAGCAACAGUGAUGUCAGUUAAAACAGGAGUAUUUAUGAAAGACAAAAAUGUAGAGUUUGUGGUCAAUGACUUGAUGCUGUUGGGAAAAAAUUUCAUUCACAGAUGCAAAUAUGUAAUCUUUCAAUAUGAACAAACUUCAUAUUGAAAGAUGGAAAAAUGAACUGAAACAGUAUGCAAAGUCGCUCAGAUGCAUUCAGGAGAGGAAUGCUCAAAGACUCUGUGCCUCACUGGACUUAUACCUGUUACUGAAAUAAGACUCUCACAAUGUGGUUUUGCUUUAUCUGUACAUUAUUUACUUAAAAGGAAAAAGAAAAAGAGGAAGUAGCAUCGUAUUACACCAAUGUCCUAAUGCACACUACUGCCACCUUGUGACUAAAGUCUGUAACUGCCUGUUGCAGACAACCUAGAGUAUGAUUUACAUUAUUUUGACUUUUGACUGAAAACAAUACAGAACACAAACAUUUCACUUUUAGAACAAUAAAGAGUCAAGAUAGUACAAAUAUGAAACAAUCAUAAAUUCGCACACUAAUUUUGGUCAUUGCUGCUGGCCUUGUGGUUUUUGUGACUUGUCAUCAUUUCCUUGCAUUACUCUAAAUAUAAAUAUUCUUUGCCAUAUGCGUACUGCCAUAUUCAAAGGGUACUUGUGGACAAAUUGGUGUACAGUGGCUACUGUCAUCAACAUGUCACUCUGCAGGUCAGCUCCAGUAAUUUAAUUGUUCCAUUCUCCAAGUCCAAUUGUAUGAGGAGAACAGUGUUAUUUAGAUCUUUGGAAAUGUGGAAUCAAUUGCCCAGGCGCACACAGCAAAAAAGCAGUGGGUAUUAUUUUAAAAGGACUUUGAAACAAAACUGUGUAUAUGAAUGAACUAUAAAAGCACAGAUUUUGGAGUGAUUUUAAUGUUUUAAUGUUGUGAAGAAUCAUGAUUUGAUUCUGUGAUUGUAUUCAUUAUUAAUUAAUUGUUGAAAUGUAAUUGUAUUGUGAUUUUAAGUUUUUGGACCCCAGGAAGACUAGCAACCACUUUGUGGAAGCUAAUGGGGUUCCAAACAAACAAAUAAACAAAUACUCUUUAUCAUCUGUAUGGUUAAAUCAUGUUUCCUCUUAAUCACUUUUCUUGCACAUUUAAAAUAACAAUAGAAAACCACACUUUCUGUCAAAGACAAAAUUGAUCAUAAAUGGUGUCAUCAAUUUGUUCUUCUCACCACCUCUCUGUGUAGCUUUGCCUCCUAUUUAUCUAGCAUUUUCUAUCUUUGUCUUAAUGGCUCUGUCUACAUCUGACUGACUGUCUGUCUCUGUCUCCUUCUCUGUCGCAUCCAACAGCAGGACGGAUCACUAUUAG